UUUUGUACUGUUUACUGGUAUGGAUAAUCAUAGGAAAUGUGUUACGAUUGGAGCUGGGAUGAUUGCAAAAGAAAAUAUUGAAUCAUUUACAUUUCUGCUAGAAAUUUUUCUGAAAGCAUUCAAAAAACAACCAAACAUAAUUGUUACGGAUCAAGAUCCGGCAAUGAAGGUUGCUGUGUCAAAAGUAUUCACUGAAUCAAAACAUAGACUUUGCACAUGGCACAUUACAAACAAACUUCCAACAAAGGUUUGUGGAGAUGUAGAAAACAAUGCUGAGUUUAAAAGUAAGUUUCAUAAACUUGUUUGGAGUAUUUAUACUAGACCUGAACAAUUUGAGAAGAGAUGGAGAGAGUUGAUGGAAGAUACAAUCUUUUGGGAAAUAAAUGGCUGUCAGAUAUGUAUGAAAUUCGACAUCGAUGGAUUCCAUCUUAUUUUAAAGAUGUUGAAUUUUGUGGAUUGAUGAGAACAACUUCAAGAUCAGAAAGUGAGAAUUCAUUUUUCAACAGUUUUACUCACUAUGGAGAUACGUUGAUACAAUUUAUGUUUUCAUUUGAUGCUGC